AUGACCCUGAACAUCAAAGUAAAUCUAUUACAGACCGACUUCAAACAAACAAAAUCCACCUGUUGGAGUCAGAGCCCAGACCUCAACCCCGCAGAGAUGCUGUGGAAUGAGCUGAAGAGAGAUUUUCACACCAGAUACCCUCAGAAUAUGUCUGAACCUAAGCAGCUCUGUAGGAAGAAUGGCCCAAAAUUCCUCCUGAACAUUGUGCGGCGUCUGAUCCGCAUCUUCUGGAAGAAUUUGACACAUCAACAGCAGAGACUGGAGAUGGAGAGCUCGGGGGCUGCGCCGCCUCAGCUGUCAGGGCUGAACCCACGGCCUAACAUGCUCACCUGGUAUUGGCGACAGACUGCCGCACGGCAUGGAGGAUGUUCAAGUUGCCCCUGCGACUAUCCCACCAACAUUCGAUGCUGGACAGACUGGUUUGACAGAGAUGACCCAAGUGGAAAUGGAGACUUCGAAACCCUCGGCCGACUUCGCAGUGAGAACCCAGGAAAGAUCUGCGCUAACCCAAUAGAUAUUGAGGCCAGAACUCUAUCCGGGCUCAGUGUGAGUGCAGCAGGGGAUGUGAUUCAUAAAAUGGACACAACUGCAGGAUUCGUCUGCAGAAAGAGGGACCAAGCCACGAGGAGGUGCAAUGAUUAUCGUGUUCGUUUCAGCUGCCAUCCCCCUUUCUGUGGCGGAGGAGUGUGCUGGACCAAGUGGUAUGACCGCGACAACCCCAGUGGAACCGGGGACUGGGAGCUUUUGACUGACCUGAGGAAUGAAAACCCAGAUGAAAUCUGUGAAAACCCUCUUUUCAUCGAAGCUGUCACCACUGACACAAUGACCCCAGCCCUCGACACAGGGGAGACCUUCUCUAUCUUCAAUCCAACUGAAGGAUUUGUGUGCCGCAAAAAGGACCAGGGAGAUAACACCUGCCGUGACUACAAAGUUCGGUUUGGAUGCCCAUGCAGUGAUAAAAGUCAAGAAGAAUGCUGA